AUUAGUAAACUUUUCGGAUGCAAUUUUAAUCUCCUAAUUUUUUUACAAAAUGUAAGUGUGUGAGAGUGCUGUGGAUUUUAAUAACGCUUAAACUACAACAUGUGACCAUGUGGAUUAUUCGUCAAAAUCAAUUAAUGUAAAGAAUGGUGACAAAAAUGGAGUACCAGAAUAUCACGUACAACAUAAGCUCUCUGCUUCAGGUGCGAGAUAUAACGACCGCGAAAACCUUCGUCGCGGUCCGAAACGCCACCACCAAUGCCUACGAAUGGCGUUUCGUCCUACCGCCUUACAUCCUGAUAUUCCUGCUGUCAAUAUCCGGCAACUGUCUCGUGAUAGCCACAUUAGCCAGUAACAGACGAAUGCGGACUGUCACUAAUGUGUAUUUAUUAAAUCUGGCGGUGUCGGAUUUUCUAUUAGGGGUGUUCUGCCUCCCUUUCACACUGGUGGGACAAAUAUACAGAAGAUUCCUCUUCGGUGCAACUCUGUGCAAAUUAAUUCCAUUCUUACAAGCGGUCUCCGUGUCGGUGGACGUGUGGACUCUGGUGGCGAUAUCUCUGGAGAGGUACUUCGCGAUCUGCCGCCCGCUUAAGUCCAGGAAGUGGCAGACGCAGUGCCACGCCUACAAGAUGAUAGCCACCGUCUGGAUCAUCUCGGUGAUCCUCAACUCGCCCAUAUUGGUCGUGUCGACGUUGCAGCCGAUGCGGCAGAACACAUUCAAAUGCCGGGAGGUGUGGUCGAGUCUGGAGUUGGAGAGGGGUUUCAACCUGAGUCUGGACGUGAAUCUGCUCCUCAUCCCCUUCUUCAUCAUGUCGUUUGCGUACUGCCUCAUUGUCAUCAAGCUCUGGCGGGGCAUGCGACAUGAGAUCCAACACAACUUCAACUGGCAGAAGCAAUUGUCGAGGGAGAACUCGUGCAAAAACCACAUUUCCCCAACGACGCCCAUACUACAGGAGAACACGGAACUUUGCUGCAGAAAUGGAUGCGGCCAGAAGAAAAAUAUAAAGGAAACUGAGAAUAAACUAGAGGUACCAAAACCGACCAACGGCUGCUUAUACUCCGACCUAGAAUUCCGGCACGUUGUGCGCUCAACACAUAUCGACAAAAGCAUUGAAGCCAAACGGAAGGUAAUCCGGAUGUUGUUCGUCAUCAUUCUGGAGUUUUUCAUCUGCUGGACUCCUCUUCACGUUAUCAACACUAUUUACCUCUUCUACCCCGAAGAGUUGUACCAGUAUAUUGGCCCCAGAGGCAUCGUCUCGUUGCAGCUUCUGGCCUACUGCUCCUCGUGCUGCAACCCCAUCACGUACUGCUUCAUGAACAGGAAAUUCAGACAGGCAUUCAUCACGCUGUUCAAGAAUUGCAGAUUGUUUAGAUGCUGCUUCCCUGAGCAUGCGGAAUGUGGUAAACAGCUGACUCCACCACCAUCGAGCCAGGAAGUCACCGCCUGCAUCAUCAAGGGCAGCCAGACUGGGCGCACUGAAAUGGAAGGGCUGGAGGGGGAGGAUUAUGUUUAGCAGCGGUUCCCAAAGCACUGCUUUGGGAAGCGGUA